AUGAAUCGAGAAUUUAGUCUGGUUUCCGAUAUUGUUUCCGAUUCGAAAGUAUUUGGAUAUGGAAAUUUGAUUGAUUUUGAUGAAAAUUUGGGAAGUAAUACCCCAAAUUAGAAGUGAAAAUCCAAUUUGAAGGUGAGUUUUUUCUCCAUUUUUUCGAAAAUUCAAAAAGUGUGCAAACACCGUUGCGCGCUACAGUAAUACAUAUUUAUUAAUUUUUUUGGAAUUUUCAGAAGCUGCUGGCUUUGGAUUUGGUGGAAGGAAUCGGGACCUAAUCCCCCGAUUCAAAUGGAAUCCUGGAAAUCCACGUGGACCUCAGCCCCACCUGGAUAGGAAAAAAUCGAUCGAGAAAAUGCCUUUGUCGAUAAGAAGUUCCGACACAAAUUUUGGAGAUGGGAAUUUAUACCCCGAAAAUGGUCGAGAUUCGAUAUUUGCUGGUUUUUUGGCUCACAAUCAGAUGAUAAUAGCUUCACAAGUUGUCAAAAAUCGCUCGAAAUCCAGAAAAAUCCUGCACUGAUUUGGACCAGUGGAAGAUUGGUUCGAAAAGAAGAUCGAUAUUUGAAGUCAGAUCUUGAUUUAUGACCCCAAACAUCUAUGAAUCGAGAAUUUAGUCUGGUUUCCGAUAUUUUUUCCGAUUCGAAAGUAUUUUGAUAUGGAAAUUUGGUUGAUUUUGAUGAAUUGAUCAAAAAUUUGGGAAGUAAUACCCCAAAUUAGAAGCGAAAAUCCAAUUUUAAGGUGAGUUUUUUCUCCUUUUUUUUCGAAAAUUCAAAAAGUGUGCAAACACCGUUGCGCACUACAGUAAUACAUAUUUAUUCAAUUUUUUUGGAAUUUUCAGAAGCUGCUGGCUUUGGAUUUGGUGGAAGGAAGGAAUCGGGACCUAAUCCCCCGGAAUCUUGGAAAUCCACGUUUGGGACCUAAUACCCCAAACAGAACAUGCUAGUGGAAGUCAGGGUCGAAAAUCGAGUCGGGACUUGACACCCCGACAAUUCUUCCAAUAUUUUGGAGAGAGAUGGAAAUCCACGUGGACGUCAUCCCCACGUGGAUAUCGAUUCGAAAAGUCAGAUUGUGAUAUUCGAAUUGGCUCGAUCUUUGGGCAAGGAUUCUAUUCUCCAGGAAAUUUAAGGUAAGUUCAUAUUGAAAUUAUUUUUUGCAUUUGAAAAAUCAGACAAAUUUUCAGGAAUCAAGCAAACCAUGGACCUCAUCCCCAUGUGGAACCGCAAGAGACUGCAGCUCUUGCGGUUCCAACAAUUAUUGCUUGUCUGAAGAAGCUCUCGAAGUCUUGGAAUUUUCAACAGUGCGGACAGAAGAUGAAUAAAAUACAGUAAUCCAAUGUCCUAUCAUGAGAAUUGCGAAAUAACGUGAGUUUUCUUUGAAGAUUUUUGAAUGAUGAAUUAAUUUUUGCAAUUUUUCAGAUGUAACUCAGCUUCAAAAGCUGUCUCCAAGAGUUCAACUCUCAAAUUCUGCUCAACAACCAGUAUAUUUAAGGUAAGUCAGUUUUUCCAAGAAGAAAAAUAACACAUUUGAACUACAGUAAUUCUAAAUUUUGACCUACAAAAGACACAUUUCUCAAAGCGAAUUUUCGAUGAAAAUUUUGACCUACAAAAAAAAUUCAAAAAUGUUUUUUUGCAGCUUCCGAAAAUCGAUUGA